AGGAAGAAAGGAAUAGAGUUUGGCUGAAUUGAGACUUCGAGAGGGGAAAGCAUGUGUGGGAUAGCACUGAUUAUUUCCGGAAUUAAAAUUGAUUUAUCUCAUUUAGUUCCCAGUUGCACUUGUCCGUCUCCUCAAUUUCAAGAGGGGUCUUUGUUCUCAGAAGAGGACAUAAAAGAAGCUUUACAAAGGAGGGGUCCUGACAGCUUAGGAGCUAAGAAAGUUUAUCUUUAUUCAGAAGUAUCAGAUGAUGAAAGCAAAGACUGCAUUGUGCAAUCCUUUGUUCAGAAAGAAGCGGCAGUGGAUAAUGGUUGUGGGAGUGAAUUGCGUGGGGAACUGCGAUUUAUUGGUGCAACGUUGCAACUUAGAGGAGUGAAUCCGGUUGUUCAACCGUUGACUGAUGCAUUUGGCAAUGUCCUUGUUUAUAAUGGUGAAAUAUUUGGAGGGAUUAAUUUUAGCCGUGAUAGCAAUGACACGGAGGUUCUUAUGCAAUCUCUGGGGCAGUGCUGCUCAUGUAUUUCCCAUGAACACAGUAGAUCGUUUUGCCAUUUUGGAGAACACCAAAAAUCUGUUCCAGAACUUCUUUCAACAAUCAGGGGACCUUGGGCUUUGAUCUACUGGCAGGAUAGUUCAAAAACAUUGUGGUUCGGUAGAGAUGCUCUUGGAAGGAGAAGUCUUCUAGUUCACUGGCCAACAUGCCAUGAUUCUCGGCUGCUGCUAUCAUCAGUAUCACCACUUUAUUCUUCUCAACAGCAAUAUGAUAUUAGUGAUGAAAAAGGAAAAGUUGACGUGGAUUUCUGGGAAGAGCUGUCCUGUGGUGUAUAUAGUAUCUCAAUGUCUCCUUCAGAAAUGGAUGGACAUUUAAUUGGAAAACUUAAGAAACAUGAGUGGACGGAUUGUGAGCUAAAGGAGUUGAUGAUGUGGGAGAGAACUUCUAUUGAACCUAUACCUGAGAAUUUAAGUGAUCACUGCACAAAAGUUCCAACCAUGCAGCAGGACAUGCUUUCAAGUUGUUCAUCUGAACUAGGGUAUGUACAAAGUGCACCUCUAACAACAUCUCAUAAAGUGAUGAUGGCUUUGAGAGAAUCUGUCGUUCGGCGCACCACGAUGAAUAGAAUUUACCAGGCUUUUCCGGUAAAUCAGAGACAAGAGAGAUAUGCUCCAGUAGCAGUGCUGUUCUCUGGCGGUUUGGAUUCUAUGAUUAUUGCUGCAUUACUGCAUCAGUGCAUUGAUUCUGAGUAUGAUAUUGAUCUGCUUAAUGUAAGCUUUGAUGGAGUAUCAGCACCUGAUAGAAUCUCAGCGAGGGCUGGAUUGAAGGAACUUAAAAAAAUUGCACCUUUAAGGAGAUGGAACCUUAUAGAAAUUGAUGCUGAUUUACGAAAAUUGACCUCUGAGACGAAGCAUGUUAUGGCACUUAUCAAUCCUGCUAAUACCUACAUGGACCUGAAUAUAGGCAUAGCACUAUGGCUAGCUGCUGGAGGAGAUGGCUGGCUUUAUGAGGAGACAAGCAGCAAUGGUAGGGCGCAGUGCUUGCGUGUCAAGUACAAGUCUGAGGCCAGGAUUCUUCUGGUGGGUUCUGGUGCUGAUGAACAAUGCGCUGGAUAUGGUCGGCAUAGGACAAAAUAUAGAAAUAGAAGUUGGCUUGGGCUCCAUGAGGAAAUGAAAUUAGACAUGCAGAGGAUUUGGAAAAGGAACUUAGGGAGAGAUGAUAGAUGCAUAGCCGACAAUGGCAAGGAGGCGAGAUUUCCAUUUUUGGAUGAAGAUGUCAUAAGGACUUUGCUUGAUAUUCCUCUAUGGGAGAUUGCAGACCUUAAUCAGCCAAGUGGAGUUGGUGAUAAGAAAAUUCUGAGGGAGGUUGCACGCCUACUUGGUCUGAAGGAAGCAGCUUCUCUGCCCAAACGAGCGAUUCAGUUCGGCUCCAGGAUCGCCCGGGAAUCAAACAGGAAAAAUUUCGGAAGUAAUCGAGCAGCAAACCAAGCCUCUGCAGGAAGUGUGGUGAUAUAUGGAUCAUCAGACUAACACUGCCGGCCGCAGCCUGUUUGUCUGUCUGUCCGUCUCUGGGGUUCCAAAAUUGCCUGUCAUUCAAUUGUCUGGGAUAUGACCAUAUUGUCACCAAGUAUUAUGGCUUUUGCUUUUGAUUUUUUUGGUUUUUUAGUUUCCCUUUUCACACUCACUCAUUUUAUACCCAAUAUUCGAACACGAGACCUCCAGCAGUAAACCUCGAGCCUCAAAUCACUCACGGGUUGAUUUUCUCUUCGACUACAAAUAAUACCCUAAAUUUGUUUCGACUAAUUAUUUUGAUUUGGA